AUGCCACCAUGUUUAUCGCUGGAGGGAUCAACAACAUGUCCAGCAUUUUCACAAUAUUCUAUUUCCUCGGCAAUGUUCAAUUACGGCUCUGAUGGUUUAAAUUAUAAUUGGCUGUUGGGAGCCAGUUCAAUACAAGAGUUUGAUUUAUUACUGCGAGACUAUGUUAAUAAUGAUUAUGUUAAAUCUUAUUACAUAGAAGGAUUAAAUUGUACAAAUUUCGAUUCAAAAAGUAUGUACGUUAGGUACACUACUACAAUGAUAUGUGCUAGAUUAGUAGAAAGUGUACCUUCCAGAAUGUGCCCAUCAGAAAAAGCAAUUGAAAGGAGGUUAAUAUGCAAUAAAACUUGUAAUAGCCAUUUAUCAUCAUUGAUAGAAUCUACAAAAAAUUCUACUAUAUGUCCAACAACAUCCGAUACUUCUACAAGAUCUGUAAGAUUAAGUCUUCUAAUUGAUUGGUGUGCCGAUGGAAAUUACACUGACACUUCGCCAAGUUGUAUAUCUGGAGAACUAAAUGAGCAACUUAAUUGUGGAUUUCAACAAGAUGUAAAUUCAUUUUGUAAUUUUUGUAACAUAACCACAUCUGGUAAUAAUAAUCAAUGUUGUCAAAAUACAAAUACAAAUUGUCCCAAGACUAAUUUAUUAAGUACAUCAACAAUACCUGACCCACCUUCGCAAUCACCUCAAAUAACAACACCACCUUCACAACCAAACCCGCCGCACUUAAAAUCAUCUCAAAUAAAAAUAGAGGUUAUAAUAGGCAGAUCAAAUGAUAAUAAUAAUCAUAAGAAAAGAUCUUCGUUUUUCUCUGUUCCAUACUUUAAAGCACCUAUAUUAAAUAAUUAUAAUAGCGGAGAUGGGAGAUCGGAAAUGAUGAGCCGAUUUUCACAUUCUAAUGAUAGUAACAGUGUAUCAACACCAUUCUCGGAUAUAGGAAGUGAACUUGUCAUAGUGGUGUUUCCUUAUAGUUCACGACUUCCUGAUGAAUUAGAUUUGAUGCCUAAUGAUACGAUUAUUGUAAACCAAAUAUUUGAUGAUGGAUGGGCAGUUGGAACAAAUCAAAAUACUGGUAACAAAGGUGCAUUCCCAGUAGUUUGUGUUGCAAGCCCAAAUCUACUUAAAUAUGAUAUUUCAGAUAAUGUUAGUAGUAGUAAUUAUGGUGAUGAUAGUGGUGAUGACAUUGGAGCUGGAGCAGGAAUUGGAGUCGGAGGAAAUGAUAAUAGUAAUUUUAUUAAUCCAUCAUCACUUACAAUUCAAUCAUUAGAAAGUGGAAUCAUAUUUCGUAAUACACCAACACCUUCUUCACAAUUAUCAGAACCAAGAAAUUACAACAGACUUACGACAAAAUCUAUUUUUCAAGAGGUUCCACUUGCACCUCCAGAUGUUAUCUUCAAUCUUACUGCUUCAUAUAACGCAGAUACUGAUACUCAAAAAGUAAACUUGGGUGUUGGUGCAUAUCGUGAUGACAAUGGAAAACCUUGGAUUUUACCAGUUGUAAAAAAGGCCGAACAAAUUAUUAUAAAUAAUUCCACAUUAAAUCAUGAAUAUCUUCCCAUUACUGGACUUAAACCGUUUAAAGAAGCAGCUGUUAGAUUGAUUCUUGGUGAAAACAGUCCAGUCAUUAAAGAAAAUAGAAUUGUAAGUGUACAGACAAUAUCAGGAACAGGUGCAAACCACUUGGCAAAUCAUAAACCUAUUUUCAAUACAAUUGGAUUAGAUGUUGGGGAUUAUGUUUAUUAUAAUCCUUCAACAAUUGGAUUGGAUAUUGAUGGAUUAUUACAAUCCCUCAAGUCAGCACAAGAUGGAUCUAUUAUUUUAUUACAUGCAUGUGCUCAUAAUCCAACUGGCGUAGAUCCUACUCAAGAACAAUGGAUAAUGAUUGCUGAUGUUAUGGAAUCUAAAGGUCAUUUCCCAUUUUUUGAUUGUGCAUAUCAAGGUUUUGCAAGUGGUGAUUUAGAUAAAGAUGCUUGGGCUGUUCGUUACUUUAUUGAACGCGGGUUCGAAUUAUUAAUUUGUCAAUCUUUUGCAAAAAAUUUUGGUUUAUAUGGGCAACGUGCUGGAUGUUUAACAUUUGUUCUUAAGAAUGCUGAUGCAGCUGCAAGAGUAGAAAGUCAACUUGCAAAACUUCAACGUGCUGAAAUUUCUAAUCCGCCAAUUCAUGGAGCUCGUAUUGUUAACACUGUGUUAAAUGAUCCAGCUCUUUAUACUGAGUGGACAGAAAAUCUUAAAACUAUGAGUUAUCGUAUACAAGAGAUGCGCAAACGUCUUUAUGAAAAACUUAUUGAGCUAAAUACUCCAGGAACUUGGAAUCAUAUAACAGAUCAAAUUGGAAUGUUUUCUUAUACUGGGCUCAAAGCACAACAUGUUAAAAUGCUUAAAGAAAAAUAUCAUAUUUAUUUGGUUGAUAAUGGACGUAUUUCAAUGGCAGGAUUAAAUUCAUCAAAUGUUGACUAUUUUGCACAAGCAGUUGAUGAUGUUGUUAGAACUGUUUUGGUCCCUUGA